ACGUCGUUGGGUUUAUAUGUUUGCUCGAAUAGUUCGGGUUUUUUUCGUUGGAGUGGUGGAUGGAAGAUUUUUUGGGUGAAAAAAGAAAAUUUUUGUUAGAAAAAUGCUAGUUACCGACCGAGUGACGAUGGAUUAAACUUAUUGAAUGGAAAAUUAUUUUAUGAAAUUUCUGCAUAAUGUGAAAUAAAAUGCAACCGAAUGAUCAGGAUAAUAAUUGGGACAAUGAGUGAAUUUUGUGCGAAUAUUUUUUUUCGCGAUAAGAAUUAUCGACACGUUUGUUGGCUGAAAGUGGACCAGAGAAAGUGUUAUGCAAGAUUGGAAGGGUUAGACACUUUAAGAAGAAUUUGAGAGGAAAAAUUUAAUUGCAAAAUUUGUGGCAAAUUGACGAAUUUUCUUAUGAAAGAAUGAAUAUUUGUGGAAAAUGUUCACGGUUCACUUUCCAUGUAAAAUGUGACAAUGAAGUGAUAUCUUGUACAUGACAUAAUACCCAAUUGGAAUAAAUUGGAACAUUUGCAUCUUAGUGGAUUGUAUAGUUUUGUAAAUAUAAAUUUAAGUUCAACCAAAACCGUUAAACCAAAAAUUGAGGCCACCGAAAAUAUUUAUUUAAUUUAUUGAUUUUUAAUUUAACAAUUAAGGGGAACUCAAAAUUCGAAACUAUGGAAACAAAAACCUUAACUCUUUGUAUGUUAAUUUUGGUUAUAAUAAAUUGUCGUUGCGUACGCUGUAUAAACUUUGGAUACAUUUCACCGAUCGAAGUCGUCGAGGAAUGGGGUUGUCACGACACUGAAAUUCGACUCACAUGUCCACAUUUGGACUCAACGAUCGGAGUAUUAGAAGCAACAUUCACCCCCAACUGCACAGAAACAGUAGAUGGCGAGGACAACUGCGCCCACAUUGACUUGAAAAGACUGACACGCGCCUACGCAUCGCCCCUGAUAGACCAUCAAAUGGCCGAAACGGAAGCGGGCAAAAAGUUUCUGGAGACGAUGCGCCGUAGUAAAGAGAUCGAAGCUGCUCUAAAUGAUUCGUUGGCCACAAACAAAAUUGCCGACUUAAAGCAUCACAGUUACGUUGAAUUGAAAUCGAAACGGAACAGCUUGAGAGCAUCGCUUGAAGAGUUAAUUCUGGAAUAUUUAAGAGGCCUAUCGCCGCCCGGUGACGAAGAGAACUAUAUGGAAUUUUCGAAACGAAUACGAAAAAAACGGGAAAUUUAUGUUAAUGAGCAGACUCAGCAUGAAAAUAACAGUGAUAAAUUAGACUUAGUGGUGGAUAGUGAUGUGUAUCAGAGAACGGAAAUUGGUGCUAUGAAUAUAACAGUGACGUCAGACGAUGAUGAUUAUGAUAGUGAUACACCGUAUGAUAGAUAUAAAAGUGUGAGUGAACGGCCAAUUUGUUUAGAGCAUCGACGAAGAAUAACACAACUGGACCAAUUUUCAUUGGACCAGUCCAUUGAAAAUGACGCUGACGAUGAACAUAACAUCAGAAGAAUUGUGAAUUAUCGUUGUUCCGGCAAAAAUCAUUGCAGCUUUGUAUUUUCAAUGGAUCAUCCCUUCAGUAUGCUCUGGGACAGUGGCACCGUCAGAUUGAAAUACAUUUGUAUGGAGGAUUUUCGACUGAACAAAUUUUGUGGUGAACAUCUACUGAUUGGACCUGAAAAACAACCCGUCGAUGAUUUUACAAAACCGAACGAACGAAAGGGUGAGCCUGUAGCUCAGGCACGCAUACAAACCGAUCAAAGUUUCCACCAUUUGAAAAUAUUAAAAUCAGGCGAAACUAACGAUGCACUGGGUCCCGUUGGUUCAUCUGUAGUCAAUGAAAAUGACAAAAAGAGGCGAAAAAAUCAGCGUGUCUAUUCACAGGACUUUCGGAUAUUGAAAAUUCUACCCAGCAAUGCAGACGACACGAGCGAUAUUGGAAAAAUCGGAAAUGAAAUUUAUUUCAAAAAAGACGAAAACGAGAUUGAAGAUAACAGAAUGCCUUUUCCAACGGUGCAUGAACCGUUUACGGAAGUAGUGACACAUGCCGAAUUAGAUGAGAAUAACGAAGCAGAAAAUGAUAUUUUACAAAAUGAAAAUAGCAACUGGAAUAAAUAUCGAACACUUUCCACGUCCAUUGAAACCAUGUUAAGUCCUCCAAGUAGACCCACUGAACGAACAACCACUACUACUAUUACUGCCACUUCGGUUACAUCCCCAAUAACUUAUGAAACUUUUUAUACUCAUAAACAACCCAACAGUAGAGAAGAAAAUCUGAACGAGAACGAAACGAUACCACAGGACAUCGAUACGUUAGACAAGGAUAUUUCGAACGAAAUUAUACUGAAAAAUGAAUCUAGUCAAACCCACCCGCCGUUAUUCACCGACAAAGUGAAUAAGGGAAAUUUAGCUAUAGAUAGAAGGCCCAUUGAACAUGACCAAAGAGUGAUAUCGACACCACCCACAACAUACCAUAAUAAAAUCUACAAAGAAAAUUCUGUGAUAAAAUCGAACGACGUACUGGACGAGACAAAGGGUGCAUAUGACGAUGAAGUCGAUUAUAGUUAUGAAGACUUUGCGGUUGAAUAUAACGGCCGUACAGUGUUCCGACAAAAUAUAAUCAGAAAUCAUACGAGCUAUCAGACAUCCUUUUUCCGGCAGCCACUGCUGCAGGGCUUCCUAGCAACAACUGGUUAUCCGAAAUUUUACAUUGGCGAGUCCAAUUGCAGUUGGAGGAUAUCCGCACCCAUUGGCCAAAGAGUUCGCAUUACCAUUUUGGACAUAAAUUUGAGAUACGAUUUCAUAUGCAAAGAUUUCAUUCAAAUAUUUGACUUGGAAAUUGGUAGAAUGCUGUUCAACAGCUGCAGCGAACACGCUCGACCGAUUCAAGUGUUAAGCGAUUCUAAUCACAUUGUGAUCAGUGUGAAUACAACGUCAAAGGUUGCGUACCCGAAGAGGGGUGUUCUGCUGCACUACACAGCAUUAGGUUGUUUGACCCCCUCAGCACCAUUACACGGUCGCCUCGUUCACAAAUCAGAAAACUCAGCCAAAUAUAUAUGCGAUCCAACGUUUGUCUUCCCCGAUACAGCUGUUUCCAGUCGUGAAUUGAUUUGUACGUCGAGCCACACGUGGGAUAAAGUGCUGCCAAAUUGUAUCGAAAAAUCAUCUGUGCACAAAAGUGGUGUUAUAACCGUCUCGCAAUUUAAUCACAAGAAACACAAGGUUACAAUGGCCGAAAAAGAUGAUUUGAUGAACAACAUUAUCAUUCCGUCAUCCGUUAUCGCUAUCUUAUUUAUUGUAAAUGCCUUGGUAUUUCUGGCAAUCAUGCGUUGCAGACAAAGAAAACGAAGCCUUGAGUUUGAUCAUGAAUUGGCUCAGCUGUAAUUCCUCCCCGAAACCGUUAAUAUCAAUUGUACUCUCCAAGUUCAAAUAAAAUAUACAAAACAAACAAAAGAAAUAUCUCGAUCCUGUAAGUUAUAGAGAUCUGAAACACAGAACAAAUGCACCUAUUUACGUAGCCAAAAAAAAAAUUAAAAUUUUUUGAAAAGAAAUGAAAUUUAUUUUGCUCGCAAUUUAUAUUUUUUGUAAACGAAAGUAAAUAAAAACUAGAAAAUAAUCACUUGGAUCUCUAAAAGUUCUAAAUGUUGCUUUGAAAUAAAACAAAAGUGUUAGGUCAUAUCGUUGGAAAAAAGUGAUGAUGGAAAAAGAAAUGAAGCUAAAACGAAGAGAUGUAUUUAGGAAAACAGAAAUGGGG